UCCAUCGUCUCCUUACUAUUUUCCCGCUGGCGUCACGUGGUUUGAGUCUCGUCGACCGGCUUCGAGGCGACCUAGAGAGUGGCUACAGCACGAGGGAGGCGGAGCAGGAUACCAGAACCAGGGGGUAUGCCAGUUCGGAAAUCCGGGGCCAGAGGGGAGCGCGAGCCCGAGGGGGGCGUGGACAGAAGGCCAGAACAGCCUCGAGGUGGGCAAGCCCCGGCUCGGAGAGUCCCGGGCGGAGUGGGACGAAUGCAACGAGAAGGUGGGAGAGGACGUUCUCGGCAAGGGGAUGGAGCGAGAAGACGUUGUUGGUUGUGGCGGAAGCUGUGUGGGUAGUGACGGCACGGGCAGAGAGGCAGCGAAGGCCAGCGGCCUGUUCUCCAGCUCCAUCACUGCCAUCCCAGGCCUGAUGCCCACCUCCCAAGCCAACUAGCUAGCAGACGAAUACAAACAAAGCUAAAAGGAGAAUCAAUUCUACGCUUCCAUGGACUGCAAUCUACGGUCACUUUUCCUCACAUGGUGGGGUUCAGUUCUCUUUCCUUUCUUUUAUCUUCUCAAUUAGUUAAAUCGAUGUCUUAAAACACAAAUUCCAGAGUAUCAAAAGUCCCAACAAAAAUAUUAAGAAGAACAAAAGUGGCUUUUGCCGUUGUUGCUUUUAAAAGCAAAGCAUCAUCUUCUGCUGCACUGUCGGAUUCUUCUGCUUCUUCUUCUUCCCUUUCUUUUUCUUCUUCCUCUUGUUCAUUGGGGCGAUAAUGGCCAAGGAGACGCACAAGGAUGAGAAAGAUUUUUCGGUUGCUGUUACUUGGAAAUGUGCUGAUGUGAAGCUCCUCCUCGUCUCCCUCUUCUCCCUUUGCUCCCUCAUCACCUUGUUUCAGCUCUUCCCUUCGACUUCUAGCUUUCUCUCGUGUUUUUCUACGGUCGAUUCACGUCCACUGCAGUUUGCUGCUCUCUCUCCUCCUCCGCCUCCUCCUCCUCCUCCUCCUCGAAGUGUUCAUCCUCUGAAAGCAGAGCAGCUCACGAAUGAUUCCGUUGUGAAGAGAUCUUUCAACCCCGUCGGCUCCGCAGCGUACCUCUUCAUCCAGAUGGGAGCCUACCGAGGCGGCGCCAACAACUUCGUCGUCAUCGGGCUCGCCUCCAAGCCGCUCCACGUCUUCGCCAAGCCACAAUUCGAGUGCGAGUGGAUCGCUCACGGCGGCGGCGGAGGCGAAUCCGCCUCCAUCUUCGCAUCCGGUUACAAGAUCCUCCCCGACUGGGGCUACGGCCGGGUCUACACAGUCGUCGUCGUCAACUGCACCUUCCCGAGCGCCGUCGGCCUCGAAGGCUCCGGCGGCCGCCUCGUCAUCCACGUGACCACGGGCGGCGGCGGGGACCGCGAGGUCACCACCGCCGAGCGGUUCGUGGCAGUGGAAGAGGCGCCGGGGAGCGUCGACGCGUCCUCCUUCUCGCCGCCGCCCAAGUACCAGUACCUCUACUGCGGCUCUUCCCUCUACGGCAACCUCAGCCCGCAGCGCGUCAGGGAAUGGCUGGCCUACCACGCGCGGUUCUUCGGCGUGGGCAAGUCUCACUUCGUCAUCCACGACGCCGGCGGCGUCCACCCGGAGGUGAUAGCGGUGCUGCGGCCAUGGAUGGAGAAGGGGAUGGUGACGCUGCAGGACAUCAGGGAACAGGAAAGGUUCGACGGCUACUACCACAACCAAUUCCUGGUGGUGAACGAUUGCCUUCACAGGUACAAGUUCAUGGCCAAGUGGAUCUUCUUCUUCGACAUCGACGAGUUCCUCUAUCUUCCUCCCAAAACGAGUAUCGACUCGGUGCUUUCAUCCCUCGCCGGCUACUCCCAGUUCACCAUAGAGCAGAUGCCCAUGUCCAGCAAGCUCUGCCAAUUCAGCGACUACGGCAAAACUCCAAGGAUGUGGGGGAUGGAGAAGUUGGUGUACAGGGACGCGAAGAGGGGCGUGAGGCGAGAUCGGAAGUACGCGAUCCAGCCGCGGAGGGCGUUCGCCACGGGGGUGCACAUGUCGCAGAACGUCGCCGGGCGGAGCACGCACCAAACGGAAGCGCGGAUCAGGUACUUCCACUACCACGGCACCAUUGCCGACCGCCGGGAGCCCUGCCGGGAGUUCGUCAACGCCACCGCCGUCACAACCCACGACGGCACGCAGUACGUGCUCGACGACACCCUCCGACGCGUCGCAGGCGCCGUGAAGAGGUUCGAGCAGAAGACGAUCGGGUCCAGGCUGUCCCGCACGAGGCAGUGACCUUCCCCGUUCCACCAUUGCCUGAUUCUUUCCUCACCGCCACACACAAACUUCUUCCAGCGCAGGCCAUCGGACCCGGAUCUCGGCAGAUUUCUGCAGCAAAAGACAGCAUGAACUUUUCAAAAAAACAAAAAAAAAAAGUGAUUUUUUUUCUCUCCAUCGAUUAGAAUGCUAAAUGAUUGUCCAUCCAAUUUCUUCACGGAUUUUACAAUUGGGAGAUUGCAGUGCUGGAUCUCCGUAUGUCUCUUUACCCACGUACAUAAUUGAAGAGCAGUGAUUUGUCGCUUCUAUGUAUGGGCGUUCGGAAGAUAAAAC